AGAGCCGGCACGCACUCUAAAUAACACCCCGAUAAAGAGGCGGCGUUGAAACAAAGAGAAAAAAGCUUCGGAAAUUUUAAAUCGGAAAAAAAGGGGGAAAACGAAGAAUGAGUGUGUAUGGAGGGGAUAGUUGGGGAAGAGAAGCACAAUACCGAAAGAGAAGAAUUGAUGAAGUUGUUCUAGAAGGGAUCGAAAUUGAUGAUGGGCAUGGCUCUUCUUACAAGAAGCUCGCUUCUGGCAAAUACGCUUGUCUUGUCUGCCCUCAAAAUCCCAUCUUUGAUACUCCUCUCAUGCUUUCGAUGCAUUGCAAAGGAUCACGUCAUUUGGCUGCAAAGUCGAAGGCGAAAGAAAAGGAACUUACGAGACAAAACGAAAUAAACAAGAGACUAGCUUUGGAAGGCUCUUCGACUACUUCCUCUAUUAACUCGAGUACCACUAAGCAAAAUGCUCGUUUACCUAGCAAAAGCAAACCAUUGAUCCAAAUGGCACAAAAGGCUGCUUCUGAGAUACUCGGUAAUAAAAGACUCGAGGUUGACUCGAGAAACGAAAACCACAACACGGUGGUACCGAGACAGAAUGAUGUUAAAAAUGCAACACUGGGUUUCUCUCGGGAUCACAAUUGUUUGAAUGAAACAUCCCACAAGCUAAUACAGAACCAUCUGGAUUUCCGGGAAUGUAGAGAGAGAGAACUUAAGUUUACAUCUGCAGGUUGGAAACGUGAUUGUCAUGGUAAAUGGUACAAAGAUGAAAAUGUUGAAUUUGACUCGGAUGAAGAAGAUCCAAACUCAUCAUUUUGAUGGAAGAUCCUGAUUAGCCCUUGUAGGCACAAUGUGCUGGAGAUAGGAGAUUAACUAUUGAAACGAGAAAGGAUUGUAUAAAACGGUGAUACCAUGUCAACGUAUAUCACUUUCAUUCAAACCAUGUCACGUAAUCAAAGCAAGUAAUCAUUUCUCCAA